AUGACUGAGACGAAAACUGAAACAUUUUUAGAGGAACAUCAAGAGAUUCUUAAAAAGUUCCAGAAAUGGAUAUCAACACAAUCACACUUGCCGCAGGAUAUACCCAAGAUUGUCUUGAUUCGAUACCUUCAAGUUUAUGAUUUCGAUAUUGAGAAGGCAAAGAAUUUGCUUGAGAUUAAUGUGAGAUUUAGAACCAAGAAUCAAUAUAUUUUUAGUAAUCGUGAUGUGAAUUCUGAGGGCAUUCAAAGAGCUAUUAAUACCGUGCAUGUGACUUCCUUCCCAAAACUCACUAAAGAAAAGUACCACAUCACUGGAUUCCGACUGAUAAAUGUUGAUUCUCGAAACUUCGUUACCAACGAUGUUGUAAAAUAUAUUAUAAUGUAUCAAGACAUGAUGCAUAUGAAAGUACCAAUAAAUAAUGGAGAUGUGUGCAUCUUUGAUGCAAAAGGAUUGACAAUUUGGCAUUUGAUGAAAAUGGCUUCAAGUGUGAAUGCAAUUAGACUGUUUAUGAGAUAUAUCCAAGAAGCAGCAGCAUUGAAACUCAUGCAAAAUCAUUUUGUGAAUUGCUCAACUGUGCUGUCUAAAUUGAUAAGCUUUCUUAAACCAUUUAUGAAGAAAGAACUGACUGAUGUUUUUCAUUUUCACACGUCAGGAUUCGAGUCACUUCAUGAAUUUGUUCCAAAAGAAUUUUUACCAGUGGAAUAUGAUGGAACUGAGGAAACUUUAGAUGACUAUUCUAAGAAAACGGUCUCAAACUUGCAUGAUCUUCGUGAUUAUUUAAUUAAGGACGAAAACUUCUUUAUUGCUAAUGAAUGA